AUGAAGAAAACCCGUCUUCCAUGCGAUUGCGAUGCCGGUGAAAGCUCAACGCAAGAGAGCGACAACGUUAAUACGAAGUUGCGUCAAAGGAAAAAAGUGGCUCGGGACGAAAACGACGACUUUCUCGUUUUAAGAAACGAGAUGAAGGAAUGGCUCGCACUUUCCACACUUCCAAGCUUGACAAACCCGGGAUCAACAGAAUAG